AUGUCAAAAACAUUCACUAUUAAAUUAGUUAAUGAUUUAGAUUUGUUGUAUCAAUUUAAAGAUAAUAGUUAUGAUACUAUUAUUACAGUUGAUACAGAUUUAAAUAAGCAAUGGAUCUUUGCACAUUCAAAUAUUUUACAUGCUAGAUCAAUUUAUUUUCAAAAUGCUUUAUCAAAAAAUUGGACUAAAAAAGAAAAUCAAUUUUUUGUCUUAUCGCAACCUUAUAUUAGUGCAUUAAUAUUCAAUAUUAUUCUCAAAUAUCUAUAUUGUGGAAUUAUCAAAUUAAAUGAUUUAGAUAUUGAUACAAUUUUGAAACUCUUAGUUGCUGUUGAUGAGUUGUCAAUUGAAGAACUUAACAAUUUUAUACAAGACUGUUUAAUUGGUAGUGAUUUUUUAGAAACACAAUCAUGUAAAAUAUUGAAUUUUAUCAGUAAUAAGUCAAUGUUUACAAAACUUAAAAAAAGUAUAUUUGAAACUAUUUGUGAAAAAUCAAAAGUUUUAUUUGAUCAUGAUGAAUUUCUUGAUUUGGAGAAAGAUCUUUUAAAAUUAGUUAUUCAACAUGAUGAUCUUGAUAUGAAAGAGAAUAAGAUUUGGAAAUAUUUAAUCAAGUGGAGUAAAAAUCAUUCAGAAGAAAAUUUAGUUAAAGAUAUAAUAAAUUACUUUUUAGAUACAAUACAAGAACCAAAUUAUUCAGAUGGAUGGACACCUAAAUUAUUUCAUACUAAAUGUGAUAAUCAAGGUCCAACUAUCAUAGUAACUAAAAUUAAAAAUACAACUCUUCUUAUGGAUGGAUAUAAUCCACUUGAUUGGAAUGGAAAUUCACAAUAUAAAAAAACAACAGAUACAAUAUAUUGUAAUAAUGAUUGUAAUCCAACUUUUGGUAAAUACGAUUUUCAUAUUACAAAAGAUAAAUCUUUAAAAUAUAUAUCAAAAUUUUAUGAUAUGAUUGCGAAUAAUCGCACUUAUAGUUUGGAUAGUUAUGAAGUUUUUCAAAUUACUAAAAAGACUACAUGUGUGAAAUUAUUUGAAGAUUAUUUGAAACAAAAAGGAUUUUCUGUUUAUCAAUUUAUUGAAGCUUCACUUGAAGUUUUUGAAGAACUUGAACUAGCAUCAUGUAUUAAAACUUUAAUGAAUUAUGAUUAUAUUAUUGAAGAUCAUACUAUCAGAGACGUGAAUAUAUUUAACAAUUUUGUUAAAAAUAAGGAUGAACAAGAAUAUGUAAAUAAGAAAGUUAUUGAAACUGAUCAUCUUGAAUUUUAUAAGGUUGUUUAUGUAGACCCACCUCUUAGAACAACAACUAGACAUAAAAAGAAACGAGGUAGACAUGGUAAAACAUGUUCAAAUGAAUAUUUAAAACAACUUUACACUUUAUAUGAAACUAGUAUUGAUACUAUUUAUCCAGAACAUAUUAAGUUUAAUAACAAGAUUGUUUUAUAUAAUGAUGGUAUUGAUUUCAAACCAUGUCAAAAGAAAUGUAAUC